UCUGCGCAGCACCGCACCGCAUGAAGUCGAACACACCUACAGUCUCGGUGCGGCGUCCGCUGAAUGAAGUCAGGUUGUCUGGAGACCGCAAUGGCUAUGGGUCUUACGUCGAAAAAAUCCUCUUCUAGAAACAUCGCCGUCGAGCGCAAAAACCUCAUCACCGUGUGCAGGUUUUCAGUGAAAACUUUGUUGGAGAAGUACACUGCCGAGCCCAUUGAUGACUCCUCGGAGGAGUUUAUUAACUUUGCUGCAAUUUUGGAGCACAUCCUCAGCCACCGUUUCAAAGGUCCAGGUGGUUGGUUCAGUUCAGAUGGCCAGAGGAGCUUUUGGGACUAUAUUCGUCUGGCCUGCAUUAAAGUUCACAACAACUGCAUCAGUAGCAUUGAGAACAUAGAGAACAUUAGCACAUCACGAGCGAAGGGACGAGCCUGGAUUCGUGUGGCUUUGAUGGAAAAGCGUUUGUCUGAAUAUGUCGCCACAGCAUUAAGAGACACUCGAACUACUAGGAGAUUUUAUGAUGAUGGUGCUGUAAUGCUAAGAGAGGAGGCGACUGUUCUGACUGGGAUGCUGAUUGGUCUCAGUGCUAUUGACUUCAGUUUUUGUCUAAAAGGAGAGGUUUUAGAUGGAAAAACACCUGCAGUGAUCGACUACACACCUUACCUAAAGUUCACCCAGAAUUAUGACUACAUGAGCGAUGAAGAGGACCGCCGCAGUGUGGACAGCAGUGCCAGUGAUGAGAGCGUAGCCGAGCAUCCUUACAUUCCCCUGGUAACAGAUGAAGAGACCUGGAGCAACAAAUGCAAAAAGAUGGAGCAGAGAUUCAAGAUCGUCUAUGCCCAAAAGGGUUAUUUAGAGGAAUUGGUGCGCUUGAGGGAGUCCCAGCUGAAAAAUGUUGAAACUGAAAACAAGAGGCUUGAUGCUAAACUAGAGGAACUGCAAAUGCAGAGCCAACAAGAGAAGAAGGAACUCGAGGACAUCAUACUGGAGCUGCAAGCACAACUCACUGGCAUCAUUCCCUGUGAAUCGUCUCAUUUGGUUAAAGGCCUUUCUAUUCCACUCAUCAACCAAUGUAGAACUUCACAAGCUCCCAACAACAGAGGAAACGUAAAGCUGUUUCGCCGGAGAAGCUUUCACAGUUUGGACUUCUCGGCUGAUGUAAGUUUGAACUCUGAUUCUCAAAAGGAAGAUGGCAAUCAGAAUGGAGACACAGCCUGGUCAGCAGCUAAAGACAACACACCCUCUAUGUUGGGACUGUGUGGUUCUUUGGCCUCUCUGCCCAGCUGUAAGUCUCUGGCAAGUCUCAAGUCCAAUGAGUAUUUGGUCAACAUCAGCACAGAGCCAAGUCCUGCCCUCUCCCCCAGCUAGGGGGCGCCAGAGUAAAAAAAAAAAACUCAUUCCCUGCUGCACUUCUGAUAUCCCCCAUAGCCAGUGGUUUGGAAUAAAACAUGCCAGUAUUACAUUUAAAAAAUAUAAAAUAUACAUAUACAUAUAUAAAGUAUUAUUUCAGGCAUGUUUCUUCGCCACAAGGUGUUUUAUCUGAAUAUCAAACCACAAAAAAUUAUUUUUUUCAUAUUUACUUGACAGUUUAUUAAUCCCUCUUGUCUUCCUCCACCCUUUCAAUUUGGUGUUCAUCUGCAUGUUGUCUGUUUUCAACAUUCCUUGGACCGGGUAUUAAAGCCCACAGGCAUGACAGUUUCUUGAAUUCCCUGCAUCAAGGCACAACAGAGUAAAGUGAUAAACAAAACUCACAGCUUGGCAGGUAUUACACAUAUACAGAUUCUCAACAUUCUACAUACAAGUUUUUAUCGCACGUUUGGUUGAUAUGGACUUUAAAAAUGUAUGCUUGCUGCUCAGUUAACAGUAUAGUUACUGGUGCCAUUCCAAAAAUUCAAUCUAUUUGCUGUGCAAAGUAUCCAAAGCAUCCAGCUGGUCAUGUGAAUUCAAAAUGUCUGCCCCCAUGACGCAACCCACUCAGCAUAAAAUAAAACAGCUUUAAUUUCAACACUGAUCCGCUCGCUAUAAACUGGAGUCUUCAUCUCAUGUAAACGUCUUUUAAACGAUACCUGUUUAUUUCUUUGUGUUAAACAUAACCACGAGGAAAGAAAUUACUGAGAGUGCACACAGAAACUGCUUCUUAACAAAGGAUCUGAAAAAAGAAAUGGAUAGACAUCAGGAGACGGUAACUACAAUCUGUAUUUGCAUGUGAAAGUGCUUUAUUGAGGUUGUAAAUGCCUUCACAGUCUACAUCUUCUUACCUCUCUGAUGGUUAUAUGAUGUGAAUGCAAGUAUAUCAACUGUUGUCAGCUAAACACCUUUAUCUUAUUUAUCUUAUGGAUGUCGCUUUGUUUCUUGUGUUUUUUAAGUUUCUAUAGGGAUACAAAAUUGUCUAUUUUGUUAUGCUGUGGCAGUGCUUUGCUGUUUUGAAUUAUAAUAAACUAUUUUUUGCUAUCUCAAUUAAGA